AUGACGACGACGCGCGAGGAGGAAGAGGCAAACGACUUGGAAGAGGAAGAGGAGAAGGACGAGAAGGAUGAGAAGAAGAAGAAACAACAACAACGAGAAGAAGAAGAAUUCCUCCGACUUUUGGAAAAGCGACUGCCCCAAAGUCAAUCGCACGUGUUGGAGCACGCGAAGAAGAUGAAAAUGAGCGAGGAGACGAGAGCGAAAAUGUGCGCGCAAAUGGAAAGCUUAGGCGAUGAGUUGGAGUAUUUCUGCGACGCGUUUCACCGCGCGAUGGUCUCGUCGAAAAAGACAACCGCGACUCUAGAGAAGAGUAAAAAAGAGAAGAAGGAAGAGGAGAGAGAGAGUACGACGAGUACGAGUACGAGUAAUACGGACGAUGACGGUAACGGUGUCGGAUUCGAGAAGAAGAAGAGGAAGACGAGAAUCGAACCAAUCGUUCCCGACGUCGUGGCUGCGGAAGCGAGCGAAGAGGAAAAGCGAGCGUGGCGGGAAGAAGGUUACGCGUUGAUUCGUUCCGGAAAGGUUGGCGCGAUUGUCAUGGCUGGAGGACAAGGCACGCGAUUAGGAAGCGCGUUGCCGAAAGGGACGUUUGAUAUCGGGUUGCCAAGCAAAAAGUCUCUUUUUCAACUGCAGGCGGAGAGGAUUAGAAAAGUGAUUGAGCUCGCCGCCGCGGCGGCGGCGGCGGCGGCUGAAAACGAAGAAGGAAAAGAAUCCGCGUCGCCCUCUCUGCCUUGGUACAUCAUGACGUCUCCGCAAACGCACGAACAAACGGUGGAAUUUUUUCGUGAAAACGCGUAUUUUAAUCUCCCAGAAAAGGACGUCGUGUUCUUUCAGCAACAAGAGGCGCCGGUAUUUGACGUCGAAGGGAAGAUUAUUUUAGCACCGGACGGGUCGAUUCAAACGUCACCAGAUGGAAACGGCAGCAUAUAUCGCGCUCUACUGAAAUCAAACGCGUUAGAGAACAUGAAAAAGCGCGGCGUUCGACAUCUUCAUUGCUAUUCGGUGGAUAACGCGCUCAUUCUUCCUGGAGAUUGCGAAUUCAUCGGAUACUGCGCUUUACGAGGAAAACAAUCGGGCGCUAAAGUGAUUGAAAAAACUUCCCCGGACGAAAAAGUCGGCGUGUUUGCGCGAGAAGUAGCCUAUUCAAAUAUCGAUGGCGGUGAUGGUGAUUACACCGAGAAGGAGGAUACAGAUGGCGGGAGAAGAAAGAGCGCUUUGUCGUCGUCAUCUUCGUCGUCGUCGUCUUCAAGAAUUCGCGUCUUAGAAUACUCGGAGAUAGAACCGAGCGUGCGCGACGAGAGAGAGGAAGUGGAUUACGAUGAAGUGCUUCCGGGUAACAUGCGAACCGACGACAGCAACGAUCCUUCUUCAAUCAUUAAAAUUGAAAAGUAUAACAGACCGCCCUGGAACCACUUUAAUCCCGAUAAUCGUCCGUUACGAUUUCGGUGCGCGAAUGUAGCGAUUCACUAUUUUAGCUUAGAUUUUUUAUACAAAGUAGCGGGAAUAGCAAACGCGAGGAGCAGUAGCGGUAAAAAGAUAGUCAACGACCAAGACGACCAAGACUCGUUCGCGAUGGAGUAUCACGUGGCAGAAAAAGACGUGCCUUGUUAUGUCGAGGGCGAUACCGAGAAGCGAAGAACGAAGAAAGCAAUCAAGCUCGAAAGUUUUAUAUUCGACGCGUACCAGUACUCCAGCGAUGGUGUUACUAUUUUUGAAGGAGAGCGUAAGCUUGACUUUGCGCCCGUCAAGCAAGCGACCGGUGAUGACUCUCCGGAAUCGGCGAGACGCAUGAUUUCUUUCGUGCAUUCGACGUGGAUUACGAAGAAUCGAGGUCGUGUUCAGUGGGGCGGGUACGGAGGACUCGUCGAGGUGAGUCCUCUCGUCAGCUUGCGCGGCGAAAAUCUCGAAAUCGUGAACGACUGCGACGUGCAGAGAAACACCAGCAUCGAACUUGGAUGGGAACCACCGUCUGAAAGGCAAACCCCGUGGCACCGGUACUACGGGAAGCACUCGUCGCUUGCUUGA